AUGUUCGUUAAUUUGUUUUCCAGACCACUGGGGCUCAAAACGUUGUCGUCUUCUUUUCAGAUAAGCAGGCGUCUCGUACAUGAAUAUGCACCAAGGUUUAAAGUUCAACGUAAGAAGCAUAAAGGUAGAGUUCCAGUACGGACGGGAGGUUCCAUCAAAGGUAAUGAACUAGAGUUCGGCCAAUUCGGUAUACGUUUGAAGUCUGAAGGUGUCAGAUUAACUGCCAUACAAUUGAAAGAGGCCGAUAAUGCAAUUAUGAGAUACGUUAGACAGGUCACUAAUGGUAAAUUAUGGCGUCGAUUAUGUACCAAUGUUGCUGUUUGCGUCAAGGGUAAUGAAACUAGAAUGGGUAAGGGUAAAGGUGGAUUUGAUCACUGGAUGGCGAGAGUCCCCACCGGUAAGAUUAUUUUUGAAAUGGCCGGUGACAACUUGCAUGAGAGAGUUGCACGUGAAGCAUUCAGAAAAGCUGGUACGAAGUUGCCUGGUCAGUAUGAAUUUGUCUCCCGCAAUACCCUUGUAAGAACUGGCCUUCACAGUUUCAAGGACCCUGCUCACGAUCCAAAGGUGAAUUACUUUGAAGAACUCGAAAAGAAUCCUACCAAAGAGUAUAUAAACAAAUUGCGGUCGAAGGAGGAUCAAUAUAAGAUGUUCCGGGGACGUUAG